AAAGAUGAGAAAUGGUGGGCCAAAUUCGAUGUAUUUUGGAGUUUUCCGGGAUUUCUAGCAAACAAAGCGAAAAACGAAACGAAAAAAAUUACAAGUUUAUAUUUUAGUGGAGGCGCUCCAUAACUUUUUUAUUUCUGAAAGUUUUGUGUUCGUCUAAAAAGAUUUUUUGAUAGAUAUUUUUUGAAAACUGGAUUUGGUAUUACAGUUUGUCUCAAAUCAUUUGUUUUUUCGUUAAAAUUUCUGUGUUGAGACAAAUAACCAUAGCUAUCAAAUUUUCGCGUAAUAUAUGAACGGCAACUAAAGCGUAAUGAGAUUUGGUUAAUUUUUUCUGAUAGGUUGGUAUAGUUUAUAGAAUAUUAGAAAUCUCUGCUUAAAAUGCAUAAGAUCUACUAAAUACAGGUAACUUGACCCACUCUGUAGGAACAACUCUGUGUUUUGGUAACAUUUUGAGUGCCAAAAUCUAUUACGCCGUGAGAAUAAAUUUUUACUUUAAUGCAAAAUGUUUACUUUUAUUUUAGAACUGCGGCAAAAAAUAGAUAUCUGGCGGAAAUUUGCGUUCUUUAUAGACAAAGCAGUUUAAAAUUAAAUAAGUGGGAUAUGUAUCUCCCACAUUUAUCAAAAAAGCUGCGCGACGCAGUCUCGGCGUUUUUACAAAAAGGUUUUUGAUUCUAAAAUUAGUGCACCGGCUGAUGUUAGUAAUAAGUCCAGUUGUGUUUAAUCUGAUGUGUAGAUUUCUCUGAUAUCUACCUAGUUAACUUUUAUUUUUGUUUGACAUACAUUAGGUGGAAGUGUGCCCUAGUAAAGAAAUCAAAAGAAUAUCAAGUUAACAAGAAUUUUAUUUUUCAACGUAAUCCCAGUUCAUCCCAAUCCCAACUUCAAUGUACUAAUUGGUGAUCUACUGUCAAGUGCUUUUAUUUCCCCCCUAAUAAGCUCAUACCUCCAGCGGGUUAAAAUAUAGGUUAUUCUAAACGUUGAAGCUUUUCUAAGAAGACUUUUACAUUCCGAAGAACUCUGGAAAUUUACAUUACAAAUUAUAUUUCCUAGAGUGGAUUAGAGUAGAUUAUGGAUACGAAAAAGAAUCUUUCCUUGAUGUUUUUUUACGCUGACAACACAGAUAUAUUACAAAAAUUCCAAGAUACUUUUGGAUUAAGCGAGACUUGUAGUUGACAGUAGCAGAGGAUGUAGGACGUCACACAUUCGGUCAUUAAUCUGCAGUUCGAUGAAAUCUGGGAUGCGCAGCGCUUAUUGCCUCUUUUAUGACUUUCUGCUUUGCCAGCUAAUCUAUGCAAAUGUCGAGUGUCAUCCAAUAUCAAGCAAGGCGGUGUCAUGGCGUUGUCGUAUAACCUAGGACAUUGUUAAUUAACGUUUUAUAUUAUAGAAGUUUGCGCGAUGUCGUACCUUUCGCGAAGGGAUGUUGAAGAUUUGAAACCUUCCAUUGACAAACUUGUCUAUAAAACUGUGGGUGGCAGUGACUCUUCCUUGUUAAGAAGUGCUAUUGAUUGUAUUACCAAUGGAUAUGAUAGAAGAAAAACUGCUGAUAAAUUAUCUUCAUAUAUUGACACUAAAAAAGCGGGAAGGCUAGCAGAAAAACUGUUUGAUUUAAUUAGUGACUGGGAAUCGGCUCACAAAUCUAAGAAACGAAAUCAUGAGGAUGACAGAGACAGAGACUCUAAAAGGAGUAAGACUAGUAGUUCAUCAAAAACAGAAAAUAAAAAUUCAGGGGAGAAACGUUCUUCUAAGAUAGACUCCUUGCCUACAAGCAAAAACAAUAUAAGUAUAGCAAACUUGAAUAUUCCAGCUCCUAGUAUAUAUGGAAUUCCAAUGGGCAUUCCUAUGGGACUAUUAAAUAGGGGUGAUGCUGAUAAAGCAAGAAAAAUUGUGCAAUUGCAGGCCCAAAUAAAAACAAAACUCUCUUCAGGCAUUUUGGGCAAUGCAAUUCAAAUUCCAAUUCAACCAAACAAGCCUCAACCGCUUAUUUUGGAUGAAGAGGGCAGGACGAUUGACAAAACAGGUAAAGCUGUACAACUUACUCAUGUAGCACCAACACUAAAAGCAAAUUUAAGAGCUCUCAAAAGAGAACAGUACAAGGAAAAGGGUGAUAAAAAAGAGGAAGAUAAUAGCGAAACAAAAUUUAUUGACCCACGAAUUGGAGUUAAACCAGCAAUUCGAAACCGUAGAGCCUUGAGGUUCCAUGAACCGGGCAAGUUUCAACAAUUGGCAGAAAGGAUUCGUAUGAAGACUCAGCUUGAAAAGUUACAAAAUGAAAUUUCUGAGAUAGCUAAGAAGACAGGCAUCUCUUCUGCAACAAAGUUAGCUCUCAUUGCAAAAAGUGAGGGUGUUAUUGAAGAUGUUCCACAGAUGGAAUGGUGGGAUUCUGUCAUAUUGGAAGAUAACUUGGAUACUAUAAGGGAAGAUGGAAAAAUUGCAAUUAAAGCUAAUGUAAUUAAUAACCUAGUGGAACAUCCAACCCAAAUGAGAUGUCCUACGGAUCCCAUUAAACCAGUGUACAUGCCUGUGUUUCUGACUAAAAAGGAACGUAAAAAGCUCCGAAGGCAAAAUCGUAGGGAAAUGUGGAAAGAGGAGCAGGAAAAAAUUCGUUUAGGUUUAAUACCCCCACCUGAACCAAAGUUACGUAUAUCAAAUCUUAUGAGAGCUUUGGGCACUGAAGCUGUGCAGGAUCCCACAAAAAUUGAAGCACAUGUCAGGGAGCAAAUGGCCAAACGUCAAAAGGCUCACGAGGAUGCUAACGCUGCCCGCAAGCUUACAGCAGAGCAAAAACGGGAAAAAAAAGUAAAGAAGCUGAAAGAAGAUACGUCUUUGGGGGUACAUGUAUCAAUUUAUAGAAUCCUUCACCUUCAUGAUCUUGCAUCAAAGAAAUUUAAAGUAGAGACCAAUGCGAAACAACUCUUCAUGAGUGGUUGUGUGGUUUUAUACCCUGAUUGCUGUGUGGUUGUCGUAGAGGGAGGUCCAAAACAACAGAAAAAAUAUAAAAGAUUGAUGUUGAACCGUAUUAAAUGGGAGGAAGAUAUGGUUAAGGAUCCGGACGGAAGGGAGGUACCGAAUAAAUGUGUGCUCGUCUGGGAAGGUACAUCAAAACAGAGAAAUUUUGGUGAAAUGAAGUUUAAGGUUACUCCAACUGAGAAAUUAGCUCGUGAACACUUUAAGAAGCACAAGGUGGAACAUUAUUGGGACCUCGCUUAUAGUGGGGCGGUUCUGGAGCAAGCAAGUGAUCUUGUAGAGUAGUUGCGUUUUUAUAUAUUGUAGAAUAGUUCCUUUACGGCAUAGCGAAUAAAAUUAUGUAGUUAUGGUAUGUUUUUUUUUUUAAUUAAAAUAUAACUUUGUAUAAUUCUAUUUCAUAUUUUAAGGUUUGUGCGUAGAAAAGGAAUUUCGCGAUAAAACAGGUCAUGGUUAGUUAGGGUAUUUUUCAAUCUACACUGUAAUAGUAAAAUAA